CAGAGCUUCAGAGAUGAUGCCCCUUUGUAUUUUUCUUGCACUUCUGUAUAAAAUCUGUCAAGUGCUAGCUGGUAACAUGCCAAGUGUACUUCAGGAGAGUGGGAUCAAGACAGCUAAAGUUGGGGCAGAAGUGACAUUAGAAUGCCGCUGUCAAGAUGAUGCUGUAACAUUCCUUUCUUGGUACCAGCAAAGCCUGGGUGGAAAACCUGAAAUCAUAUCAACUCGCAUGAAGCACAACCCAGAAGCUGAGAUCUACCCCAAGUAUAAAAAAAGGUUUCGAGUCAUUGUAGAAAGUCAAAAUAGCGUGGAAUAUCUCAAAAUUGCAAACCUCAGUCUGUCAGAUUCAGGAACAUAUUACUGUGGGGUUUUAGUGUUUAAUGCCAUUGAAUUUGGACAAGGAGUUUUCCUUCAUGUCAAAACAUCAGUGACCAACAUCGGCUCUGCCAUUGACCAGCCAACGUUGAAGCCACUUCGCUUGGGACAAUCGUUGAACUUGAACUGUACAGUGGAAGCUGAACCAUGUACAGGGGAGCCGAACUUCUACUGGUUCAGACAUGGAGCGUCUCAAUCAGCAGUCAUGUAUCCCAGCGAGGGACACACAUGUACAAGCAUCUCAAAAGAAACACCUCACAGACAGAAUUGCACUUUAAACCUGGCAAUAAAGUCAGUGAGCUCCUCUGAUGCUGGGAUCUACUACUGUGCUUUGGCCUCGUGUGGCGAGAUUAUUUUUGGAAAUGGAACAAAAGUUGAGAUUGUAGGUUCUACCAAAGUUCCCCCUGUCCUGGUGUAUUGCCUGAGCGUGGCAAUAGCAGUUUCCAUUAUUGUGCUCCUUGUUUUGGCUUUCAUCAUGUACAAGCUUAGGAAAAGGUUGUGCUCUGUCUGCAAAGGAACUGUUUCUCAUCAGACCUGUUCUGCAGUCUCAGAUGCUGUGAGCCAAGAUGCAGACCAUCUCCAUUAUGCAGCUCUGAAUCUGAAGAGGAGCACUAAACAACAUCGUCAAGAAGAAAAUGUGGAUAAUGUUUGUGUGUACUCUAGAGUAAAGAGCAGAAAGGUGUGA